ACGCCUGCGCCGACCAGUGCGCCUCCCGAUUGGCUGGGGGCGUGGCCAUGUGACUGCCUGGAGGUGCAGAGGUUACCCCGCACUGCUCGGGACUGCAUCUUCUGGAGCUCUGGGCAUUGCUGGAGCUGAGUUCCCGCUUUAGGCCGAUCGCCUGGGCCUCAGCAUGUAUACAAGGAGACUUCUCCAAUCCUCACGGUUCCCAUGGGCUUGGAGCACAGCCCCGCUGAGUCACACUGGGUUUAGGCACCAGCACGCUCGGCGGUGGACACAUUCUGGAGGCCACACCUACAGAGCAGUGAUAUUUGACAUGGGUGGUGUUCUCAUUCCUUCUCCAGGGAAAGUGGCUGCAGAAUGGGAGACACAAAAUCACAUCCCUUCUGGAACUAUACUGAAGGCACUGGUGAUGGGUGGUGAAAAUGGGCCCUGGAUGAAAUAUAUGAGAGGAGAGAUAACAACAGAAAAUUUCUUACAAGAAUUUGGGAAACACUUCUCUGAAAUGUCAAAGACUUCUGUGCCUGUGGACUCCUUUUUCUCCCUGUUGACCAGUGAGAGAGUGGCGAAACAGUUUCCAGUGAUGACUGAGGCCAUAACUCAAAUUCGGGCAAAAGGUCUUCAGACUGCAGUCUUGAGCAAUAACUUUUAUCUUCCUAAUGGAAAAAGCUUUUUGCCUCUGAACCGGAAACAGUUUGAUGUGGUGGUGGAAUCCUGCCUGGAAGGAAUCUGUAAGCCAGACCCCAGGAUCUAUAAGCUGUGCUUAGAGCGGCUGGGCCUAAAGCCUUCUGAGUCCAUCUUUCUUGAUGACCUCGAACCAAAUCUAAAAGCAGCUGCCUGCCUUGGUAUCCACACCAUUAAGGUAAACGACCCAGAAGCUGCAGUAAAGGAAUUAGAAACACUUUUGGGCUUCAUGCUGAAAACAGCUAUUCCAAAUACAUGCCCUGUGAGAAAGACUAUGGAAAUUCCAAAGGAUUCCUUGGAGAAGUACCUCAAGGACGUACUGGGCACCCAAACCACAGGCCCAUUGGAACUUCUUCAGUUUGAUCACGGGCAGUCAAAUCCAACCUACUACAUCAGGCUAGCUAACCAUCAGCUGGUUCUGAGGAAGAAGCCCCCAGGAAAACUCCUCCCAUCAGCUCAUGCAAUUGAGAGGGAGUUCAGGAUAAUGAAAGCUCUCGCUAGUGCUGGAGUACCUGUCCCCAAAAUUAUUGACUUCUGUGAUGAUUCAAGGGUCAUCGGCACCCCCUUCUAUCUGAUGGAGUACUGCCCAGGACGCAUCUACAAAGACCCCUCUCUGCCAGGCUUGGAGCCCAGCCAAAGGCAGGCCAUUUACACUGCCAUGAAUCAAGUCUUGUGCAAAAUCCACAGUGUGGACCUCAAGGCUGCAGGCCUAGAAGACUACGGGAAGCAUGGGGAUUACAUCCCACGGCAGGUGCAGACCUGGAUAAAGCAAUAUCGAGCCUCAGAGACCAGCACCAUUCCUGCCAUGGAGAGACUCAUUGAAUGGCUGCCGCUCCACCUUCCUGGGCAGCAAAAGACCACAGUGGUGCACGGGGACUUCAGGUUGGACAACCUGCUCUUCCAUCCAGAAAAGGUCGAGGUGCUUGCUGUCCUUGACUGGGAGCUUUCCACCUUGGGCGACCCCUUUGUAGAUGUGGCCUACAGCUGCCUGGCCCACUACCUGCCAUCCAGCUUCCCCAUACUGAAAGGUUUGAGUGACUGUGAUGUGACUCAGCUGGGAAUUCCAACGGCAGAGGAGUACAUGAAGAUGUACUGCCUUCAGCUGGGGAUCCCUGCCCUGGAGAACUGGAGCUUCUACAUGGCGUUCUCCUUUUUCCGUGUGGCUGCAAUCCUUCAGGGAGUCUACAAGCGCUCACUCUCAGGGCAAGCAAGCUCGGCUACCGCUGAACAGAGUGGGGAAGUGAUUGAGUUUAUGUCUAACCUGGCAUGGGAUUUUGCCAUCAAAGAAGGAUUCCGAGUUUUCAAAGAGACACCUGACACGAAACCCUUAAGGAGGUCCUACCACACACAGGCCAGUCCACGGUCCCUGUGGAGCAUCCUUGGCACUAGAUGCUAUUCCUCCCUCCCAGAAUCUUCCCCAGCUCAUGCCUCCAAGGGAACACUGGUUAUCUCUCCAGAAGCCCUCUCCCCAGCAGCCAGGGAGCUGUAUAGGCGGCUGGAGCGGUUUAUGGAGCAACACGUGUUCCCAGCUGAGCCAGAACUGCGCCGUCACCAGUCCUCAACGGAGAGGUGGACCCCCUCCCCACUGGUGGAAGACCUCAAGGAGAAGGCCAAGGCUGAAGGACUUUGGAACCUUUUCCUACCCUUGGAGACGGAUCCAGAGAGAAAAUAUGGAGCCGGACUGACCAACGUCGAGUAUGCACAUUUGUGUGAACUCAUGGGCAUGUCUCUGUAUGCCCCUGAGGUAUUUAACUGUUCUGCUCCAGACACAGGGAACAUGGAGGUCCUGGUGCGAUAUGGCACUGAGGAGCAGAAGGCCCGCUGGCUGACUCCUUUGCUGGAGGGAAAGAUCCGCUCCUGUUUUGCUAUGACUGAGCCCAAGGUUGCCUCGUCAGAUGCUACCAACAUUGAGUCUUCCAUCAGAGAGGAGGGUGAUUUCUACAUCAUAAAUGGUCAUAAAUGGUGGAUCUCAGGCAUCCUGGACCCUCGCUGCCAACUGUGCGUGUUUAUGGGAAAAACAGACCCACAUGCCCCGCGCCACCAGCAGCAGUCAAUGCUCUUGGUUCCCAUGGACACCCCAGGGAUAAAAGUCAUCCGGCCUCUGACAGUGUAUGGGCUGGACGAUGCUCCAGGUGGCCAUGGCGAAGUCAUCUUUGAGCAGGUGCAUGUGCCCAAGGAGAACAUAAUCCUGGGCCCCGGCCGAGGCUUUGAGAUUGCCCAGGGCAGACUGGGUCCUGGCAGGAUCCACCACUGCAUGCGGCUGAUUGGGCACUCGGAGAAGGCCCUGGCACUCAUGAAGUCACGUGCAAAGUCUCGUGUGGUCUUUGGGAAGCCCCUGAUCCAGCAUGACACAUUCCUAGCCAACAUUGCCCAGUCACGUGUAGAGAUUGAGCAGGCCAGGCUGCUGGUGCUGAAAGCUGCCCACCUCAUGGAUGUGGCGGGAAAUAAGACCGCAGCCUUAGAAAUUGCCAUGAUUAAAAUGGUGGCUCCAUCUAUGGCCUACCGCGUGAUCGACCGGGCCAUUCAGGCUUUUGGGGCAGCAGGGCUGAGCAACGACUACCCACUGGCCCAGUUCUUUGCCUGGGCCCAUGCACUGCGCUUUGCUGACGGCCCUGAUGAGGUGCACCGGGCAGCUGUGGCCAAGAUGGAGCUGAAGCACCGCGGGUAGACUCACUGGACUGCAGGAUCCUGGCUUCCCUGCCACACUGACCACAUCCAAUCUUAAAUGAUGUGCUUUGAGAGGCUUGGCAUCCUGCCCCCAGGGGCUCUCUCCAGGGACAGACACUGUGAACACCUUUGGGGUUUCUGUGGAGGCAUUUCUGUGAGAAGCCUUCAGAUGCCUGCUGGGAGGAGAGGAAUUAGCUGAGCACUCAGUAGGUUUCAACCCAGAGCCUGGAAAGCUGCUUUUCAGUCUCAGUGCUGGCCAGGCAUCCUUGCCUCUCUCUUUCUGGCUGUGAGCUAUGGUUUGUAGGCUGAGGGAUCUGGACAAAUACUAGGAGCCCUUCUGGGGCCAUGUGCCUGUGCCUUUUCCUAAAAUGACAAAUUUCCUGCUGGUGUGGGUGAGAUCUACUCCACGAGUAGAGGGGUGGCCUUGAACACUGGUGGUUUAAAGAUCCAGGGUAAUAAAAAAAAAAUCCAGGGGAAAAAGAAACCAAACCUUAAUCACAUGAAAGCCAGUGCCUCUGCUUCUCCUCAUUUGAAUGCCCAUAGCAUAGAACACUAAUUCUAAUGUUAUUUUGGAAAGACAUAAAAACAAGAAAGAAGGAAGUAUAUACCUCA